AAAGGCUCACAAGAGGCUUUGUUUCCUGUGCUGUUCGCAAUGGUUUUUUCACAUUCAUUUCAUUUUGGGUUGGAAUUAUGCCACAAUGCAACCAGCAAGAAGAUUUCUAUGCGUCAAGGCAUUUGUGUUUUGCUUACUCUCUUUUUCUGGAGCCUUGCGGAUGGAGGAAAGGUGUUGGUAAUACCCCAUGAUGGCAGUCACUGGCUCAGUAUCCAUCCAGUUAUGGAACAUCUUCAGCAGAGAGGACACCAAGUAGUUGUCGUUGCUCCUGAGACGAACUUAUGGAUAAAGUCAUCUGUACAUUAUACAUUGAAAACAUUUGCCGUGCCCUACUCAAAGGAAUACUUGAAGGCAGAAUUCCAAAAGCUUGGUCACAGGAUUUUUGCACGUCAGCCUUUCCUGGAAAGAAUGACUGGGACAUUUUCAAGAAUAAGAAAUAUUACAAUGCUUCUGUAUAAUAAUUGCAAGCAGCUUUUAUACAAAGAGCUGAUUUCUUACCUUAAAGAAACCAAAUUCAACAUUGUAGUUAUGGAUCCAGUGUUUCCAUGUGGGCAGAUCUUGGCUGAGUAUUUAUCCCUUCCUUCUAUUUACUACUUGCGGGGAAUUCCAUGUGGUUUAGACUUUGCGGCAACACAGUGUCCAAACCCACAUUCUUAUGUCCCAAAAUUUUUCUCAGGCAAUACAGAUCACAUGAACUUUAAACAGAGAGUGAAGAAUUUUUUAAUCGGCUCAUUGGAAUUCAUGAUAUGCUAUUUUCUUUAUUCACCCUAUGGAACACUGAACAAGGAAUUCCUGCACCACGAUAUGACAGUAGCAGACCUUUAUAGUCAAGCAUCAAUUUGGCUUCUGCGCUAUGACUUUGUUUUUGAAUAUCCCAGGCCUAUCAUGCCCAACAUGGUCUUCAUUGGGGGUAUAAACUGUGCAAAGGAAAAUCCACUAACUCAGGAAUUUGAAGCCAUGGUAAACAGUUCUGGCGAACAUGGCAUUGUGGUGUUUUCCUUGGGUUCAAUGGUUUCUGAAAUUCCAAUGAAAAAAGCUAUGGAAAUUGCUGAAGCAUUUGGAACAAUACCUCAGACGGUGCUGUGGAGAUAUACAGGAGAAACACCCCCCAAUCUUGCAAAGAACACAAAGCUUGUGAAGUGGCUACCACAAAAUGAUCUGCUUGCUCAUCCAAAAGCCAGAGCCUUUAUCACUCAUGCUGGCUCCCAUGGGGUCUAUGAGGGAAUCUGCAAUGCAGUACCAAUGGUGCUGAUGCCGCUUUUUGGAGAUCAGAUGGACAAUGCAAAGCGGAUGGAAUCGCGAGGAGCAGGAGUGACUCUGAAUGUAGUUGACAUGACUUCCAAGGAUUUAUCUGAUGCACUGAAGGCGGUUAUUUAUGAUAAAAAGUAUAAAGAGAACAUCCAGCGUCUCUCAGCUCUCCACCUGGACAGGCCCAUUGAACCUCUUGACCUUGCGGUGCAUUGGGUGGAGUUUGUGAUGAAGCACAAGGGGGCUCCCCACUUGAGGCCGGCAGCACAUGACCUCAACUGGAUCCAGUAUCACUCUCUUGACGUCAUUGCCUUCCUCCUGGCUGUUGUACUCCUUGCCCUAUUUAUCUCACUGAAGUGCUGCCUGUUUUGCUGCAGAAAGUGUUGCUGUAAAAGUGGAAGGAUGAGCAAGAAAAGCAAAUCAAAAUCACACUGAAAUGGGGUGGGGCAUGUAAGAUGAAGAGGAACAGAAGAAAUUGGGUCCUGCUCUUGGGGUUCAGAAGGCAGAGGUAGCCAACAUGAUGUCCUCCAGAGGUUUUGGAUUACAACUCCCAUCAGACCUAGCUAACAUGGUCAGAGAUGACAGGAGCUGUGGUACAAAAUAUCUGGCAGGCACUAUGUUGUCUAGCCCUGUCUCAAAGCAUCUUUCCUCAGUCUCAUUCCCAAUUUGCAGGAGCUCUUAAAAACACAUACAUGAUGAUUUGCAAGGUCACUUCCAUGCCUAUAUAUGAAUUCAAACUAUUUUAGUCAAUGAACAAGCAAUCUGAUAGCCAAGGGACCUGUGAACUUCCAUACAGAUCCCACAGUUCUGUAGUCAAUUGAUCUGUUGGGGAAUCAAUUGCUUGCAUAACUUAUCUUGAACUGAUGGGUCGAGGCCCACAAAUGGGGUCAGUGGUGCCACCAGGGAGGUUUACUUUAACAGGAAGAGAGAGAUGGAAAACACAAUGUUCAGAUAGCAGAGAAAGAAAGCUGGGCUACCUUUAACAAUGGAGUGAGAGAGUGGACUCUGACAAGUGGAGCGUAUUGCACAGGGUUGAUAAAAGCUGCUUAUGGGAAUGCCGCCUUCCAUAGGAACCCCCUGCCCCCUCAUCCUGGAAAGAGAAGAACAAGGUAUGGCCUUAUAAUGCCAAUAAAUAUAAGGAGAAGGAGGACAGGUAUAUGCAAUAUAUUUAAGGUGGAACCUGCUUUGCUGGGGGACCUGAGAAAGUUGGCUAUUAAUGGUAUACAUGAGCCAUUCCCAUGUUAGUUGAGU